AUGCCCGAUAAAAAAGUUCUUUGGAUGCUCAACCAGCUUGAAGGAUUCGAGAAACCAAAAAUUAAACUGGAACAGUAUGCGACGUCAUCUGAACUUGCUGUCUCCAUGAUGGAAAUGAUCAACGAGCUCGUUGGAUUGGAUGGAGUGAAAUUAGUAGAUGUUGGGUGUGGGUGUGGGAUGUUGAUGACGACUGCUGCCACGUUAUAUGAACCCGAAUCGGUUUUGGGAAUAGAAUUGGAUGAGGAUGCACUAAAAGUGUGUGCCAGAAAUAUAGAAUUUGCAGAUGUACAAGAACGAUGUGAAGUUCUACAAGCAGACGUUCUCGAUUCAGAAACAGAUUUACCACGUGGAACAUUCGACGUUGCAAUAAUCAAUCCCCCAUUUGGCACAAAAAACAAUACAGGAGUUGACAUGAAAUUUGUCCAAGUUGGUCUUGAAUUGAUACGUACCGGUGGCAGUGUAUUUUCAUUACAUAAAUCAUCUACAAGAGAUUUCAUCCUAAAAACGGCAAACAAAUGGGAAAAUGUUAAAGCUGACUGUUGUGCUCAAAUGCGUUGGUGUCUUCCGGCAACUUACAAAUUUCAUAAACAGAAAGCAGUAGAUAUUGAUGUAGACCUUAUUCAAUUCAAGAAAUCUGGUCCGACUGAAAAUAAAGAGACUACGUCGUCGCAAUGA